UGAAGCGCGCAAUGUCCGACCACCGCGCCAGGUCGCUCGCCGCGGCGGUCGGCCUGCGCACAUCGUUGCUAAUUUCGACGCUCGCACUCACCGCCCACGCGCUCUUCCUCUACGGCCAGCUUGUCGGCCGCGAAGACGACUGCCCCGGCUUCAACAACACCGGGUGCGACGCGUCGGUCGCGGACAAGUCCGACUCGAUGAUGGAGAUCGACCUGUCUGCGUCGCUCGGCUAUCACGCACACGGACUGCUCGCCGCCGCCGCCGGGGCGUUGGAGGCGUCCGCCUGCGGAACAGACUGCCCGUUCGGCGACGAGACGCUGCCUCCCGGCGCCCCGCCCGCCUGCGCCACCCUCGAGUGCGACGCGUGCACCAUCGUCGCCGGCGUGGCGGCGGAGCAGCGCUGCGCUGGAAAGCUCGAGGUGCCCGUCGCGCACAUGUCCUACCUGUACGCGGUGACGCAGCUCUGGGGGCAGGACCUGUCGCCCGCCUGCCAGACAGGGACCGAGCCCGAGUGCACGCACAUCUACCCGGGCCGCCCCGCCGCCGCCACGCUAGUGGUCUUCUCCUUCAUCUGGCCGCACCUCAAGCUGCUGUUGCUGCAGCUCUUCUUCUACUUGCCGCUGCGGCCGGCCGCGCGCCGCAACGGCAACUACUGGCUCGCCUUUUUCGGCAAGUGGACGCUGGCCGACGUGCUCGUGAUGACUUGCCUCCUCGGUCUCCUCAACAUCAACGCGCACUCGUCGAUCGGCGAUGUGUGGAGCAGCGUGCGCGCGCAGCAGCCUCAGCUGUGCAACGCACUCUGCGACGCCCUCGCGCCGCCGCCCGCCUCGC